CCGUUUCCCAUGUGGUCGCGAGGGAAAUACAUCUCGAAAAUGCAGUCUUGGUCAUUUUCGCACGUUUCCCGACAUCAAUAGUGUGUAGACAGUGAUCGCGGAAAAUCAUUGACGUUAUCAUGUUACCUACGUUUGCGGUAUGUUUUUUGGCAUCGACCGCGUUGGCGGCAUGCAGCGCGAGGACUAGGGUGCACUACAUACGGGCCGAAGACCGGUCGCGGCACAAUGAUCCGUACUAUUACCCUGAACGAGAACGGUUCCAGUCUCGAGCUUCGUCCAUUUUUGGACCUUCCAUUCAGACCUCAGCUGCUGGGUUCCCGUAUCGGUUCGUUUUUCCGGCCAAUCAUCCAGCCCUGAGUGGCUCCAUGUAUUCGCAGUUUGUGCAAAACCCACACCAGCCCGAACCCGCGACUUAUUCGGCCGAGGAUCUGUUCGGGCCACAACCGGUGGCCAAGCAACAUCCGCUGUCCGAUCUUAAACAUCGCCAGCACCAGCAACAGCAACAGCAGCAACAACAGCAACAGAACCAGCACCAGCAACAACAGCAGCAAAUCGGCUACGAGUCAAUGGCUAAGAUGCAAUACGAUUUCCUCGGGGGUGGUGGCGGCGGUGGUAGUGGUAAAAUGCAAGUCCAACAGCAACCCUCCGCAACUUAUCAUCACCACUUAAUAAAACAGCCGAAACACUAUCAGAGCUACGAACUGGCGCCAAACGCGCUGCAGCAACCCCUGCACCAGCCCCUGCACCAGUCACACCAGUCACCUUUUCCGUCGACUCCUGCCCCCAUCGGCCAACCGAUCAUGCUGCUCAUACCCUCUUCCGGCCAACCCGGUGCCCCGUAUCAGACUCUGGUCCUUGUCCCGUCGACUGGGUCGCCGUCUCCACUUUCGCCGCAGGUGCCGCUGUUCUCGGGUUUCCACCAACAGGUCCAGCACCAGCACGGACCGCCCGGCCAGCAUUUCGUCCAGCAACCCGGCGGCUUUAUCACCACGCACCCGCGCGGCCCUCCACUAGUAGCCGGCUUUCCGUCGGGCCUCGGCGGCGGAGGCUUCGGCGGCGGGCUAGGUUUGGCCGGCGAAAGCGUCCCCGGACUUGGAAAGUUUCCGGGAGCGCAACUGUUCCACCGAUCGCACGAAACGCUUCCGAAACACCCGAGCCAUCAACAACACCAGCACCAGCACAAAGCGUCGUCGUCGAGACCGUCGCUGCAGCCGACGUCGUACCAAGGUUCCGGGUCGACGCACGUGUCGCACACUACGGCCGCUGGGUCGUCAGAGCAACAACCGCUCGAGGACAAGGUCGGACAAAGUACAGGGACGUCCGGUGAAAAGUCUGACGAGCGAAAUGACGACGGCGGCGGCGGCGGCAACGGUGGCAGUGACAGCACCGAAACCAAAAGCGAAGAAAAUAAGUCACCAGAGUUCGGCGACAAGACUACUGUUAAACCCUUAAAACGGAUCGUGGUCACGUGAUUUAUUUACUUUAAUAAUUAUAUUAAUAUUUAGGUACAUAUGCGUACGAUGUGUUUUGUUAUUCAUUCUCCCGCGACAUUCCCAUAUACAGAGUGAUUCACCAAUAAUUUUCACCUCCUGUUUUUCCUUUACUAUUGAAUUCAUUAAAAUUCUGAUUUUUAGAAUUUUUAAGUAUAUUUAUGUUUGUAUGUUAAGCUUCUGUUUUAUGUUUGUGUAAGCCCAUUUUUAGGCACAAUUAAUCAUAUAGUUUACAGUGUUUACACAUUUUAAUAACUCAGAAACUAUUUAUUUAAAUUUUAAUUUAAAUAAAUCACCAUUGCUUAUACAAUUUAAUUAAACAUAAUAAUUAUAAUUUUUAGUAAAAGAGGUUAGUUUUCAUUUGAAAAAUUAACGAAUGGUAUACAAAUUUAAAUAAUUAAUAAUUUGGUUUUUAAGUAUACAUAUAAAUUCCAAAAAUCAGAAUUUGAAUGAAUUCAUUAUUAAAUAAAAAAAUAUCAACAUGCUCGAAGAUUUGUAUAACUAGUAACAAAAUGUAUUUAACAAUGUAUAUGCAACUCAUAAAAAUCUGUGUAUAUUAUUUCGUUUGGUUCCAAACAUUGUUUAUGUUAUUUAUUUUUUUAAUUUUAAGAUACAAUCAUCGAUACAAUGCGUUUGAAAUAAUUGUCUUUAACUUUAUCAAUCUAAAUAAACAUACUGUAAAAUGUAUUUAAAAAUACAAC